GGCGGGGCGGCCCCGAGCCAUGUGGCGUGGACCGGAAGCGGAAGCGCGCAAGGUCGGAAGUCGUAUUAGAGGAGGCGGCGGGUUCUCCCUGAGCGGUAGCGGCGGAUCAAGAUGUCGAUCGAAAUCGAGUCCUCCGAGUGUUGUGAUCCGGCUAAUCAUGCAGUAUCUGAAAGAGAACAGCCUCCACCGAGCCCUCGCUACCCUUCAGGAGGAAACCACUGUAUCCCUCAACACUGUGGACAGUAUUGAGAGCUUUGUGGCUGACAUCAACAGUGGGCAUUGGGACACAGUGCUGCAGGCCAUACAGUCGCUGAAGCUGCCCGACAAGACUCUUAUUGAUCUCUACGAGCAAGUUGUACUGGAGUUGAUUGAGCUCCGGGAACUAGGUGCUGCCAGGUCUCUCCUGAGACAAACAGAUCCCAUGAUCAUGCUAAAACAAACACAGCCAGAGCGGUACAUCCACCUCGAAAACCUUCUGGCCAGAUCUUACUUUGAUCCUCGUGAGGCAUACCCAGAUGGAAGUAGCAAAGAGAAGCGGAGAGCUGCUAUUGCACAAGCUUUAGCGGGAGAAGUCAGCGUGGUACCUCCAUCUCGUCUUAUGGCGUUGUUGGGACAGGCACUGAAAUGGCAGCAGCAUCAGGGCCUGCUUCCUCCUGGUAUGACGAUUGACUUGUUCAGAGGCAAAGCAGCUGUGAAAGAUGUGGAAGAAGAAAAGUUCCCCACACAGCUGAGCAGACAUAUUAAGUUUGGGCAGAAGUCGCAUGUGGAAUGCGCUCGCUUUUCCCCAGAUGGACAGUACUUGGUUACUGGCUCUGUUGAUGGUUUCAUUGAAGUAUGGAACUUCACUACUGGAAAGAUUAGGAAGGAUCUGAAGUACCAGGCACAAGAUAAUUUUAUGAUGAUGGAUGAUGCAGUGCUGUGCAUGUGCUUCAGCAGAGAUACAGAAAUGCUGGCAACUGGAGCACAAGACGGCAAGAUCAAGGUGUGGAAAAUCCAGAGUGGUCAGUGUCUGAGAAGAUUUGAACGAGCACACAGUAAAGGUGUUACAUGCCUCAGUUUCUCUAAAGACAGCAGCCAAAUCCUUAGUGCUUCUUUUGAUCAGACAAUCAGGAUUCAUGGUUUAAAAUCUGGGAAGACUUUAAAGGAAUUCCGUGGACAUUCUUCAUUUGUUAAUGAAGCUACUUUUACUCAGGAUGGCCACUACAUUAUCAGUGCAUCCUCUGAUGGCACAGUGAAGGUUUGGAAUGUGAAGACAACAGAGUGCUCAAACACCUUCAAAUCUCUUGGCAGUACUGCUGGGACAGACAUUACAGUGAACAGUGUCAUUCUGCUGCCUAAAAACCCAGAACACUUCGUUGUGUGCAACAGAUCGAAUACAGUUGUCAUUAUGAAUAUGCAAGGACAAAUUGUAAGAAGUUUUAGCUCUGGUAAGAGAGAAGGUGGUGACUUCGUCUGCUGUGCACUUUCACCUCGUGGUGAAUGGAUCUACUGUGUUGGUGAAGACUUUGUGCUCUAUUGCUUUAGCACAGUGACUGGCAAGCUGGAGAGAACUCUGACUGUUCAUGAAAAAGAUGUCAUUGGCAUUGCUCAUCACCCCCACCAGAACCUGAUUGCCACUUACAGUGAAGAUGGCCUCCUCAAGCUCUGGAAGCCAUAGCUUGAUUUUACAAGGACUGAAGAAAUGUGCCUGUUAGUUGCAGGUUAUUGGUGUUUGUGCUUUAACAAGGUCUGAAUGCACAGAGUGUGAUAUUUGCUCCAUUUUCUGUUCAGGUUUCCAGAGAAUGAAAUUUUUACUACUUGAUCUAAGGUUAGGUAGAUUUAUGCUUAAAUAUAGCAUCAGUUAAAUAGUUGUAUUUUUUCCAGAGUUGCUGAAGCAACUUCAGUGACAGUUUUUUAACUGUCUCCUGAAAUCUGUUCUCUUCCAACAGUAGUGUUUAUAAAAGUUGAACAAGCUGGGAACUAUACGCACUUACAAGUGGUUGCUGACUUCCUAGAAUACAGUAAAAUGCUUUUUUUGAGUGAAUUAGCUGAAAUGGGAAAGCUUUCUCUUUUCCAUUGCUGAAACAAAAUCAGAGUUUUCCUGGAAUGCAGAUGAGGCUUUUCUGUCCUCAGCUUGAAGGUAGAGUGUUUUCUAGUCCUGUUGGUUUUGCUGUGUUCAGAUUUCACUGUAAUUAUUCCGGUAUUUUAUGUAUGUAUUAAUAUACAUACAUAAUACAUGUCACAUAGCUUCCUCAGAAUGAAACUAUUCUUCCCCAUCUCCUAGUACUUCCUGCUGUAAACCUGCCUAACAUGGCAGUGAGAUGUAGGGUGGUUUUUUGGGAGGCAGGUUGUUUGUUUAAUUCCUAGGUUUUUUACUUCCUUAGAUACGGCAAUAAAGUUGUUUUUUAGGUAGCAAAGGGGGAUUAUUUUUUAGGUAGCAAAGAGGGAUUAUUUUUUAGGUAGCAAAGAGGGAUUAUUUUUCCUGCCUGAAAAGACACAGGUGUUUCAGAAACAUUUGACAGUAAUACAUCUGACAAGCUCCACUGGGAGGUAGUUAGUACUUUUGAUACAGGAGAAGAUCUUGACAAUUUUUUUUUAGUAUUAUUCACAUUGCUUUCAGAUUACACAGAACUACUAAUCCUCAAUGUAAACUGUAUCUUACGUUGUUCUUUAGAAGAAGAGUAGUUGUAGCAAAUAGAACUGUCAGAAUCCUGAAUGUUUAAAGAUUGAAAUAAAUUCUGCAGCUUAAAACUGAGAAAAUCUGUCAUUUCUUAUGCUUUUUAUUCAAGAAUUUGAGUUCCUUGCAUCAAGUACUCAAAACAAAAACGCAAAAUGUGCUAUUACUUACAAACAGGCAAUGGUAAAACUUAACUCUUGGGCUGCAGCUGUGAUUUGUAAAAUAGCAGGUGGCAUAAAAGUACAAUGGUAAUCGUAAAAAUGUUAUUUUUUUUUAAAAUGUGUUGAUCUUUUAUAAUGUAAUCUAGGAAGACAUGUUAUCUCUGGAGAAUCGGCCAGGUAUUACACCACUGACCUGUAUGUAGGACUUGAACAAGGCAACAUCUAGUGCUGUAACUAAUCAUAUUAAAGAGAACGUUAUUCACCUG